AUGAGUUUAGGUAACUACACAUCAGUCAAUGAGUUUCUACUCUUGGGAUUCCCACAAAUCAAAGGAUUCAAGACCAUCAUUUCAUUUGUGCUGAUACUGACUGCUUACAUUAUGACUCUCCUAAUAAAUUUUAUGAUCAUCGUAUUGGUGUCAACCAGACCAAAACUCCAUUCUCCCAUGUACUUCUUCCUCCAGCAAUUGUCAUGCAGUGAAAUUGUUUUCCUGACUGUCAUAAUUCCUAACAUGCUACGUGUCAUAUGGCUAGAAGGUGCCACCAUAUCUAUUGUAGGUUGUAUAACACAGACUUAUCUCUACUGUGCUUUAGGUUGUACAGAAUGUUACUUGCUUACAGUUAUGUCUUAUGACCGAUACCUGGCCAUAUGCCACCCUCUGCGUUAUACCACCAUCAUGAACAUCAAACUUCAGCAUUCCUUGGUUAUCUAUUGCUGGUUGUUUGGCUUUCUGCUCACCCAGAUUACUCUUAACUUUCUAUGUCAACUUCAGUUCUGUGGACCCAACGUCAUUGACCAUUUUUUCUGUGAUGUUGUUCCUUUUUAUGAACUUUCAUGUUAUUACACCGCUGAACUACAGUUAGAAGUUUUGAUUGUUGCUGUCCCUGUGUUAGUCAUCCCAUUUAUCUUAGUAGUAAUCAGUUACAUCUGUGUGUUUACAACCAUUCUCGAGAUCUCUUCUAAAACAGGAAAGAAGAAAACCUUCUCCACUUGCAGCUCCCACCUCUCCGUUGUGACCAUGUACUAUGGAACCUUGAUCACCAUUUACGUAGUUCCAGCUAAUGGAAACUCGUUGACCAUAAACAAGGUGAUUGCCCUUCUAUACAUUGUGGUAACACCCCUGUUUAAUCCAAUCAUAUACAGUUUGAGGAAUCAAGAGAUUAGAGUCAUUAUGGAGAAUUUACUUAGGAUCAAUUGA